AUGGAAGACAACAAGUCGACUCGCUCGGACACGACAAUCCACGCGUCGCUGCCUAGCAUCAAAAAGGCGGAUCUGUACGGGGAUGAGGGCACCGUCGAUCCCGUAUACCAGGCAAAGGCGCACGUAUUGAACCAAGCCAUACAAGAGAUUGGCAUGGGAAAGUACCAGUGGGUAUUGUUCGUCGUAUCCGGCUUUGGCUGGUUCAGCGAUAGUGUCUGGCCUCUCAUGACUGGUCUCAUCUUAUCCCCCGUCGUGAACGAGUUCGGCUUCAACUCCCCAUUCUUGUCUCUGUCCGCAAACAUCGGACUUCUCGUCGGCGCCGUACUGUGGAGCUUCGGCUGUGACAUAUGGGGAAGAAGAUGGUCAUGGAACCUUACCCUCUUCAUGGCGUCUGUAUUCGGCAUCGCAUCUGGCGGCUCAGCGAACUUUACCACACUAGCCGUACUAACGGCCCUGCUGAGCGUCGGUGUCGGUGGGAACAUGCCUGUCGAUUCCGCUGUAUUCUUGGACUUUAUACCCAGCUCUCACCAAUACCUCUUGACCGUCUUGUCAAUCUGGUGGGCAAUCGGCCAGCUUCUCGGCAGUCUUGUCGCAUGGCCGCUCAUAGCCAACUUCUCUUGUGCUUCAGCUGAAGGCUGCACGCGGGACGCCAACAUGGGCUGGCGCUAUGUGAUCUUCACACUCGGCGGUCUCAUGUUCAUCCUCGCAAUUCUUCGCCUCGCCGUCUUCCGUUUGCACGAGUCCCCACGAUACCUCAUCGGUCGCGGGCAGAACGCCGAGGCCGUGCGUGUCGUACACGCCAUCGCGAAAUACAACGGCGUCACCAGCAGCCUUCGCCUGGAGGAUCUUGAGGCAGCAGAGCGCAACGCCGUGGACAAAGAACGCGAAGGCCGCCGCAUCCUCAGCGAAGGCAGCGCCUGGUCCCUAGAGCACAUUCGGGCUCUUUUCGCCACGCCCAAAAUGGCUUUCUCCACGACCCUCCUGAUCGCAAUGUGGGGCCUCAUCGGUCUCGCCUCGACGCUCUACAACAACUUCCUACCAUACCUCCUCGCUUCCCGAGGCGCUCAAUUCGACGAUGCAACCUACUAUACUACCUACCGCAACCAAGUCAUCCUCGCUGUGACUGGUAUUCCCGGCGCACUCUUAGCAGGCUGGGCCGUCGAGCUCCCGUUCUUCGGCCGUCGCGGCGCACUGGCGCUCUCCGCGGGGCUCACGGGCGCGUUUUUGUUCGCGACUACCACCGCCCGCAGCUCCAACGCGCUGCUCGGGUGGAAUGUGGGCUACGCGUUCUUCAGCAACAUCAUGUAUGGUGUUCUGUACGCCGUUUCUCCUGAGAUCUUUCCCGCAAAAGACCGCGGUACAGGUAAUGGCCUCACGGCUACGGCGACGCGGGUGUUCGGUGUUGUUGCGCCGAUCAUCGCGCUCUACGCAGACCUCAAUACCCCAGUGCCAGUCUACGUCUCCGGCGCGCUCAUCUUCGGCGCAGGAGCGCUCGCGCUCUUGCUGCCGUUUGAGCCGCGCGGCAAGGCGUCGAUCUGA